ACACUCUAGAUUCCACUCACAGGCUGAACUGAGCCGACCCGCUGCUGCCUCUGCCGUGCUUCUGCUUCCGAUCAGCUCUAAGGACUCAAAGCGGACCUCGCCAUGGUGUCGAUGGGAAAGCAGAUCCUGGGCUUCGCCCUGGCCCUCUUCGGCUUCCUAGCAGCCAUCAUCACCUGUGGCCUCCCCAUGUGGAAGGUCACGGCCUUCAUCGGGGCCAACAUCGUGACGGCGCAGACCAUCUGGGAGGGUCUGUGGAUGAACUGCGUGAUGCAGAGCACCGGACAGAUGCAGUGCAAGAUCUACGACUCCAUGCUGGCGCUGCCUCAGGACCUGCAGGCCGCCAGGGCGCUGGUGGUCAUCGCCAUCGUCAUCGCCAUCUUCGGCAUCAUCCUGGGCAUCGCUGGGGGGAAGUGCACCAACUUUGUGGAGGACGAGUACUCCAAAGCCAAGGUGGCCAUCGCUGCCGGAGCGGUCUUCAUCGCCGCCGGCGUCCUGGUCCUGGUCCCCGUCUGCUGGUCUGCCAACACCAUCAUCAGGGACUUCUACAACCCCAUCCUCACCGACGCUCAGCGCAGGGAGAUCGGGGCGUCGCUCUACAUCGGCUGGGGCUCCGCUGCUCUGCUGAUUCUGGGUGGAGCGCUGCUCUGCGCCUCCUGCCCACGCAAAGACAGCCCAGAGUAUCCAGUGAAGUACGGCGGGCCCAGGUCCGUGGCCGAAAGCCGGGCCUACGUCUGAGAGCAAAUGCCAGUCUUUUAUUUAUGUUGAGUUUGUCUCCUUUGUCCUGAGUUCCUGAUCCCGUCACAGCUCGUUAGGUCUGGACUGAUUUUCUGAGAGACUUUGGGUGGAGGAAGUUUAGUUAGGAAUGAGAAACACAUUCAAAAGACAUGAUGUGAUGUGAUGUGUGCGUGCUUCCAUCAGCAUUGUGACUGGACUGAGAAAGAGCUGGAUCAAACUUUUUGUUUUUCACCAUUUUUCUGAUGUUCUGCUAAAGUUAAACUGUUAGAAAGUUAAAGUUAAACUGCUCUGAUAAAGAAAACAUGUACAGUGUCACUUUGCUAUUUUUUGUUGUGUAUAAAAAACAUUUGUUAUCAAAUCAGUGCUUUUGUUUACUAAAAUGCUUAUUGUAAAUAAAACCUACUUAAAUGAAA